GGCAGGAGAAGAAUGCUAUGCCACAGAAGAGUGAUUCUCCACAUAGCUGAUUGCUGAUCAAAUCCCUCAAUGGAAAUGUGAGCCUUUCCUCUGUUCCUCUUUCACCUCUGCUUCUGCUGAUUUCUUUCUUCCCUCUCCCUCUUGUCCAGAGCUGAAGAAUUAUGCAACUCUUGCCCUGACAGGAUCCAUCUCUCUCUCUCUUGGUUUGAAACCAAGGUGGAAAUCACACUUCAGUACAUGGUGGUGUUCCCUGCUGUCAUUCACCGUUUCCAAGAGGAGAAGCUCUGUAUUCACCUCAGCUCUGUGACUGAGGCUGUCCACCUGACUGUCACCUUGGAGGUGGAAACCCAGAAUGAAACACUGGUGGAAAAGGAUAUGGAGAAGCCGAGCACUUUUGAGUGCAUCAGUUUCAAGGUGCCAAAGUUAAAUUCCUUGGAAACAGAUGCUUCAGCUACACAAUCAGAAGAGGUGGUUUUUCUUCAUGUCCUGAUACGCAGCAGUGACAGUGUGCUCUUUGAGGGUUACAAGAAGGUUUUGGUCAAGCCCCAGGAAAGCAUAAUUCUGAUAGAGACAGACAAGGCCUUCUACAAACCUGGAGAAACAGUGAAAUUUCGAAUCGUGAGCCUUGAUGAUGACCUUAUGGUCAUUAAAAAAGAGUAUCUCCAGAUAUGGUUGCAGGAUCCUGAAUAUAACCGCAUUGCUGAAUGGCUAAAUGUAAAGUCAAGACAUGGCAUUGUGGAUCUAUCCUUCCCCCUGGCCUCUGAAGCAGCCCUUGGGAAAUAUAUCAUCUCAGUGCAAGACAUGGCUCAAAAAACAUUCAGUGUUAAAGAAUAUGAGUUGAUAAAGUUUGAAUUAAAGUUUGAGCACCCUCCCUUCAUCAGUACAGAGGAUGAGGAAUUUCAGCUGAAGUUAUGUGGCAAGUAUACCUAUGGAAAGCCUGUUCAAGGGAAAAUAGAUAUUACUUUUAUCACAUCGUUACAGUGUGAAAUGAAUGAUUUCUCAAAUUCUUCUGAGAUGGGGAAGCAACAGAGCUGGACAGACAAGAAUGGCUGUGCUAAAUUUACAGUAAAGACAAAGGCUCUGGAAUUAAAUGAAUCUGACAGCUGCAUAAUUGUGAUAGGAGAAAUGGAGGAAAUUGGAACAGGAGCACAGACUAAGGAUUUUUCUAGAAUUUCUAUUGUGACAAGAAUGAAAUCUAUAGAGUUUAUCAAUCUCCAUCCAUUCUAUAAGCGUGGACUACCAUACACAGGGCAGAUGUUCUGCCACAGUGAUGACUCUCCCCUCCAAAAUGAAAUUGUCUACCUAAUAAUUGAUGUAAAUGAUGAGAAGAUACACCUGUCAUUCCUCACAGAUGAGGAAGGGAAAGUCCACUUCUCACUGAAUACCACCAGCUGGAACAGCUCACUGGUUUCAUUGACGGGCACCUACUUCCUUGAAAAUGGCACCAAGGACAAUUAUGGGCAGAAUGCAGGGAUUGAGAAGAGCUUCCACUGGCUGAAACCUUUCUACUCUGAGAGCAACAGUUUCCUUGAGAUCAAGGCCAGGAAUGAUGUGAUGCCCUGUGAUCAAGAGCAGAAAGUGCAAGUGGACUAUAUCCUUAACCAGAAUAAACUCAGCUCUGGAACAGACCACAUGGAUUUCUACUAUAUGGUGAUAGCCAAAGGCAGGAUCCUUUUCAGUGGAAAGAAGCAAGUGCCAAUCCCCCAGCAUGAGAAUCUGCAUGGCUCCUUCUCAUUAACUCUAACUAUUGGCAAUGACUUCCUGCCUGACAUCAAGCUUCUAGUGUACACAGUCUUCUUGGAUGGACAAGUGGUGGCUGAUGUGGAAGAGUUUCAAGUAGCGAAGUGCUUUAGACACAAGGUGGAAUUGGACUUCUCAAGCAAGCAGGAAGUCCCAGGGUCAAAAGUCAGUCUGAACCUCAAAGCUGCUCCAGGAUCCCUCUGCUCUGUCCAAUCUGUUGACAAAAGUGUCCUCCUGAUGGAGAACAAUACCCUAACAGCAGACACAUUGUAUAAGAAGUUCUUUGAUGAUGACAGUUUUACAAUUGGAGGACGAGGGUUCCCUUAUCACCUGGAAGACUUUGAUGCAUACCCUUGUCUGCCCCAGCAAUCCAGUGUCAUUAAAAAGAUUCAGAUGGGAGCACCAUGGUACCAAAGUGAUGCUGAUGUUUUUAAUUUGUUUAAGUCAUUGCGCAUGAAAAUAUUAACCAAUACUAAAAUCAAGAAACCAGUUUCCUGUAUGCAACAAAACUUUGAGAGAAAGAUGUUGCCUAACAAAAACAGUGUUAUGGACAGUCAUGUUGUUCAUGACAAUCUUGUACCUCAGUCAGACGACACAAAGAAGCCCAAAGCACGGACAUAUUUCCCAGAAACUUGGAUUUGGGAUUUGGUCCCUAUCAGUGAUGAAGGUCAAGCAUCUCUCCAAGUUACUGUACCUGACACUAUUACAGAAUGGAAUGCCAAUACCUUCUGUGUUGCUGAUACUGGCUUUGGGCUUUCUCAUUUAGCAACACUUAGAGUCUUCCAGCCUUUCUUUGUAGACCUGUCACUGCCAUACUCUGUGAUCCAAGGAGAGAUUUUCAGCCUGAAAGCCACCAUCUUCAACUACCUCAAGGACUGUAUCCAAGUGCACACCACCCUCAUAGAGACUCCAGAACUAAAGGUGGAUGCCUGUCCAGGCUGCCAGUUCACCAGCUGCCUCUGUGCCAAUGAAGCAAAAAUCUUUGCAUGGAAUGUGACAGCCACUAGACUGGGCAAAGUGAAUGUUACUGUGAGCAGUGUGGCAGAAGAUUCGCAUAAUCUGUGUGAUAACAGGGUUGCUGUGACACCAUUGCAAGGAAAGAUGGACACAGUGAUAAAACCUUUGCUUGUGAAGCCAGGAGGCAUACUACAAGAGAAGACCCAAAACGCCUUUCUCUGUGCUACAGAUAACACAGUCUCUGAAGAAUUCUCCCUGACCCUGCCUGCAGAAACGCUGGAGGGAUCUGGUCGAGCCACUUUCUCUGUGAUUGGGGAUAUCAUGGGCCCAGCACUUCAAAAUUUAGAUCAGCUGCUUCAGAUGCCUUUUGGCUGUGGUGAACAGAAUAUGGUUCAGUUUGCACCAAACAUCUUCGUACUCCAGUACUUGAAGAAGACUAAACAAUUGGAUCCAGAAAUUGAAGUUAUAGCACUCUAUUUCCUGAGAACUGGUUACCAGCGUCAGCUGCUCUACAAACAUGAUGAUGGCUCCUACAGUGCCUUUGGGAAGUCUGACGCCCAGGGCAACACAUGGCUGACAGCUUUUGUGGCCAGGUCCUUUGGGCAGGCCAGCUCUUACAUUUACAUCAAUAAAGAUCACGUACAGGAUGCUGUGCUCUGGCUGCAGAAGCAUCAGUUAUCCAAUGGUUGCUUCCAGAGUGUGGGGAAGCUCUUCAAUAAUGACUUGAAGGGUGGUGUGGAUGAUACAAUCUCAUUAACAGCCUAUGUCGCUGCUGCCCUUCUUGAGCUCCAAUUGGAGAAAAAUGAUACAAUGCUGGAUAACGCCUUACGUUGUCUUAAGAAUGUUACAUUUGAUGAGACCAGCCUUUAUGUCAAGGCCUUGAUGGCUUACGUAUUCACACUGACGGAGGAUGUGGAGAUGAGACAGGAGCUCCUGGAUAAGUUAGAGAAAGAAACUGCAGAGCAUCUGACAUCAGAUUCCAGUAGUGAAGAAUCUUCUUCUAUGAUUGAGAUAGUAGCCUAUAUCCUUCUGGCUCAUGUUUCCAAACCAGACUUUGCUGUCAAUGACAGUGCAGUCAGCAAGCUUGUGCACUGGCUCAGUAAACAAAGAAAUGCUCUCGGGGGAUUUGCUUCCACACAGGAUACAGUCGUUAGCCUGCAGGCCCUGGCUCAGUAUGCAGCCCUGAUUCCUCAUGAGGUCAGAGAUGUGAAGGUGACAGUGAAAGGCAAAGAGGCUUCUCUGCUAGAGUUCCAUGUGCACAAAAAUAAUAAGCUAGUCUUGCAUCAAGCAUCUCUCCUUGAAGUCCCAGGGAUGUACACAGUAGAGGCAACUGGCAGUGGCUGUGUCUACAUACAGAGCACUCUCUACUAUAACAUCCCGCCACCAAAAACUCAAGUUGUCUUCCUCCUGGAUGUGGAAACAGUAACACGAGAAUGUGACGGUGUCAGGAAACAGUUUGAUAUCCACAUAUCUGUUAGUUACACUGGGGACCGUGAAACCAGUAAUAUGGCCCUGGUGGAGGUGGAUAUGCUGUCAGGGUUCAUUCCUACAAAAAGGUCUGUGAAAGAGUUGGAGAAUGUAUUCUUGGUGAAAAAAGCAGAGAUAAAACCAGACAAAGUCACAAUCUACUUGGAAGAGCUGGAUAAGACUUCUCUGAAUCUUAACAUAUCAGUGGAGCAAGAUAAUGAAGUACAGAUCCUGAAACCAGCCACAGUGCAUGUCUAUGACUACUAUAAACCAGAUGACCGUACAGCAAGAGAAUACAAUUCCCCUUGCAGUUCAGAUGUCUAGAUGAAAGAUUCCGACAAGAACACCAUGGUUCUGGAACCAGUAAUCUGAGUUUUCUGCUUUCAUAAGGAAAACACCAUUACUCUGGCUCUCCUGCUGUACAAACUUCUGCUUUGUUGGAUGCACCCUCUUUCAUUUGAUGCCCUUAUUUUCUAUGUGAUACCUGACUUGAUAUGCAGUACUUUGAGUUCAAGUGAAAUAAACUAUGUGAAACCUGAAAA